AUACAGAUAAAAAUGAUGGACGGUAGGGGAGGGUGUUGCAUUGCAAGGUACACCGACGGAGCUGGACGGUACGAUUAUGAUCUCUCUCAAGGUGAUCGCAUCAUGCUUCGAUUUCGUCCCAUCGCUCCUAGACCAACCACCGACUACGGCUGCGGAGGAAAGCCCGUAUCCAGCGGAGAGAGCUGUGCCGGAAGCUCCAACGUUUCCUUUAGAUGAAAGAGGAAAUGUCAGCAGACGGAGAACGGUGUUACCGCUAGGAGGUGCACUCGGCGGAAGAGAUUGAACAAAACCGUAGCUCACGGCGGGGAUGCUUUGGUGACUCUAUCUCUGUUGCCAGAGAUUUCUGGUUGUUAGAUUCGGGUUUAAAUACGGGCUUCCAACUUAAAACCAAUUGAUCCGAAACUGUCGGUGGCGUCUGCGGAGAAGCAGAAACGGCAGGGUCCGUUUUGGCUGAGUUUCAGCGAUGGCGGCGGGAUGAUUACUCCAACGUACCAGUCGGUGGAGGUCAUGCGGAGAACGGUGGUGAUUUCGUCGUGUAUGACGGUGGAGCGUGUAACAGAUGCAUGGAAUGACGGUUACGGCCUGGGGAGGUCCGACGAAGAAAGGAAGAUGAAUCUCGUGAGGGACACGUGUCCUGGUUUCAUAUCGGACGGUUCAGGUAGAGUGACGUGGACGAAUGAGGCGUACAGGAAGAUGGCGAGGGAUAACAUUCGUGUUAAAGAAGGUGCACCGGAGAACAAGAGCGGCGAUAGUUUCCACGUGAUCGUACGGUUGGUGAUGAGGGAGAGGCCGAUGCUAACGUACACGGCUUUCACAUGCAGGGUGACACUACAGUUCACCGUCACGGUGCCUUGCGACGUGUGGAGAAUGGACGAUGGAGGUUUUGCGUGGAAGCUCGACGUUAAGGCCGCUUUGUGCCUUUGACCGGGAAAUAUAUAUAACGUACUGGUACCGCACCGUAAGAUCAGUAUAGUCACGAGCAGCGACGAAACUGUCCUGAUCUCUUCGAAACAAAAUAUGCUUUAGUAAAAAGCAAGUCUCUAGCUAGCUAUUCUAAGCACAAUAGAUCAUGUCGUUUUUAUUCUGUAGUCUUUCCUUUUCCUUUUUCCUCGAGUGUAUAUAAUUUGUUUGGAGUUCUUGUGUGCAUCUUUUUGUUCGCACUAACGCAUUGGUGUCUGGUGAUGCUAAUUUGUUUAAAGGUAAUUAAUUGUAAGUGUUAACAUAAGAAAAAUUGUAUUUAAUGCAUU